AUGAAUCAGACCGGUAUUGUAUGGCAAGAAAGCCCAUUCCUCCUCGCUGUUUGUCUUUUCCUUCAGAGGGAGUGCCCGCGAGUUGAGGUCACCUCUAGGGACAGUUUACUUUACUAUCUUUUGUUUUCAGUCCGGGCAUUCAGCCAAACUUGGAUUCCGAUCAGACCAACACCCGUCCUGGCCAUAAGGCCCACCACACAGAAAUGGCGGCAGGAACGCCCCCCUUUAUCGUAUCUAAUCCAACUGUAAGUUGACAUAACCUUAAAAAAGAGAUCUUCAGUUUUGCAAAAAUAAUAUUUAAAUUUUAAAAAUAUGGAAUUAAGUCAAUCCAUUUCCAAAAAUGUAUAAAUUUGUUGAUCUGAUUAGAAGAUAAUCCCAAAAAGCGCCAAAUUCCUGUUUCAAGAACUGGUUUUUUCCAUAAAUAUUUACAAAUUUGACUUACAGUCUCAGUAAAAGGUAUAACAUAAUUACCCUUUUCAGAUCUAUGUUAUUCUUAUGUAUCCUACCCCAAACCACAUCUGAGUUAGCGGCCGAAGAAGAAGAUCUGUGCCAAGGACGGUCCUGUUACCCUGCUACAGGUAACUUGUUGAUCGGCAGGAAGGACAAGAUCACAGCAACCUCAACUUGUGGUACCGGACGCCGAGAAAGGUAUUGUAUCGUAUCCCAUUUGGAAGACCAGACCAAGUGCUUCUUCUGUGAUUCACGGCAAGAGUGGUUGGAAGACCGUGACCCCAACAGACUCAGCCAUCGGAUUCAGAAUGUGGUCACGGAGAGCUACGAAGAGCGUGCCAAAAGUUGGUGGCAGUCGAAGAACGGUGAGCAGAACGUGUCGAUUCGGAUCGACUUUGACGAAGAGUUCCACGUUACUCACUUCAUCCUCACAUUCCGAACCUUCCGUCCUGCUGCCAUGUUCAUCGAGCACAGUGCUGACUACGGUAAGACGUGGAGAGUCGACCGUUACUUUGCCUAUGACUGUGACAAAGCUUUCCCCGGAAUCCCAGAAGGCCGUCCCAAGAAGCACGGUGACGUCAUCUGUACCUCCAAGUACAGUUCCAUGUCCCCAUCGAACGGUGGUGAGGUAAGUUGCCCAGCUGGAGGUUAUGUUCUUCUUUUAGUUGAUCUACAAGGUCAUCUCUCCCUACAUCCACACCGACGACCCUUACGCUCCUGAGAUUGCCAACCUUCUGAAGAUGACCAAUAUCCGACUGAACUUCACGAAGCUACACACUCUGGGUGACGAUCUUCUCGAUUAUCGACCAGAAAUCGACGAGAAGUACUACUACGCUCUGUACGAGAUUGUAGUACGAGGGUCUUGUUCAUGUUAUGGUCACGCUCAAAAGUGUGUUCCUAAAUGGACGGGCGAUGACCGUGAGAACUCGGACAUGGUGCACGGUAACUGUGAGUGUACCCACAACACCCAAGGAGCCAACUGUGAGAAGUGCAAGGACUUCUACCACGACCUUCCAUGGAAGCCGGCCAUCGGAGAUGAGUCGAACGAGUGUAAGAUCUGCAGGUGUAACAACCAUGCCGCUUCUUGCCACUUUGACGAGUCCGAAUACAUCAAGUCAGGUAUGUAAAACCUGAUUAUAAGUUUUAAAUUUUUUUUUAUAAUUUUAAUAUUUGCCUAUGCUACUUAAAAGUAUUGAACAUCUAAAACAAUGUACUUAAUUACAGGUAAUGUGUCUGGUGGUGUGUGUGACGAUUGUCAGCACAAUACUCAAGGAAAGAACUGUGACCAAUGUCUACCGUACUUCUACCGUGACCCAGCCAGAAGAAUCGAUGACCCCUAUGCUUGUCGACCAUGUGAAUGUGACAAACGAGGCUCGAAGUACGACGGAAUCUGUGAAGGAGAAGAGAACAUCAACGACAAAAAGACUGCCGGUACCUGCUACUGUAAAACGCACGUCGAUGGGCCAAGGUAAGAUAAUCUCCAGCACAAAAGCUGGUAAUCAUUUCAAAGCAUUUUCAUAUGUAAUUCAUGUUAUUUGAAGUCAAAAUACUAAUAAAAUCGACUUCAGAUGUGACCGUUGCAAAAACGGAUUCUGGAACUUCACAGAAUCCAACCCAGACGGCUGUCAAGAGUGUGGAUGCGACUUGCUGGGUACUGUAGACAACCUGGGUUGUGACAAGUACACUGGAGGAUGUACCUGCAAGAAGAACGUCAUCGGAGAACGAUGUGACACUUGUAAACCCGACCAUUACGGUCUCUCGAACCACACAGACGGCUGUCUACCGUGUAACUGUGACGUUGGAGCCUCUGUGAGCACUCAAUGUGAUGCCAUUACCGGUAACUGUGAAUGCAAGAAUAACUUCGGCGGACCAAAGUGUAACGUCCCUCUCAGUGGGUUUUUCUGUCCAGCCAUCGACCACCACACAUACGAUGCUGAAGACUCAUCUGAAGUUACUGGUGGAGAAGUAAUCACUCGGGCAGCCUACUCAGGCCAACACAAGACCUGGUCGGGCGAUGGCUUCGUACAGAUUCGUGAAGGCACCAACAUCUCGUUUGUCGUCAACAACAUCUUCGAAUCUGGUCAGUACAACAUCAUCAUUAGAUACGAACUGCCGAAUGUAAGUUUUACAGUAUCACAAAUCGAAAUCAAUACAAAUUUCAAGAAAUUUCGCCGUGGUAUCUUAACAAAAUUAUUGUCUUGCUAUCUUAUCCUUAAUAUUACUGCUUUCAGGAUGGAGCUGGAUGGGACAAUAUCAUGAUUACCGUAGUACGACCUGAUAGUCCUUCGCCUGACGGUCCCUGUGCCAACAGUAUCACGUCAGAUGACUUCCUAAUCGCUCGUCUCGUACCUCAAACCACCUACUACGAAAUCCACCCCAGUAUAUGUUUGGAAAAAGACGUCGAGUACAAGAUUCUGAUGUUCUUCGGUGAACGCAUCGCCAACCACCACGACCCCCAAGCCCAGGCCUUGAUCGACUCGGUCGUUCUGAUCCCCCCGACCGACAACCUCGACAUCUUCAGUGGUUCUCACGAGGCACAAUACAAGGGCAGCUUGUUCGCCCAAUGUCGCCCAUCGUUCCUGAGACUGACGCCAAAGAGUCACGUUCCUCAACAAUGUAUCGACCUGAUCUGUACGGUAGCUGGUGCCAUCAUACAUGAAACCAAACCUUGCAACUGCGACUUGACUGGAUCGCUCUCGUCUAUCUGUGACAUUCACGGCGGGAAAUGUCAAUGUAAACCCAACGUGAUCGGUGACAAAUGUGACCGAUGUGCUCCAGAGACAUACGGAUUCGGACCAACGGGAUGUACACCUUGUGGCUGUGACAGUUCCGGAGCUUGGAACAACGAAUGUGACAAACAGUCAGGACAGUGUGAAUGUCGCGACAAGGGAAUCUACGGAAGGCAAUGUAACCAAUGUCAGCCUGGCUUCUGGUCGUUCCCUGACUGUAAGACUUGUCAAUGUAACGGACAUGCCACGGUUUGUGACCAAGAACGUGGAGCUUGUAUCGACUGUCACAAUCACACCACGGGACACAACUGUGAACGAUGUAUCGACACCUACUACGGAGACCCACGCCUUGGUGUAGGUGAACACUGUAAGCCUUGCCCAUGCCCUGGAGGUCCAGGAUCAGGACUCCAAAACGCAAAUACCUGCUACUUGGACAGGAAUGCUCUGGAGUCAAAACUGAAGUGUAACUGUAAACCUGGUUACACUGGAGAUCGGUGCGAUGCUUGUGAAGUCAACCAUUGGGGAAGCCCUCGAGAUAUCGGAGGUCAAUGUGUCGAGUGUGACUGUAACGGUAAUAUCGACAAGAGUGUGCCCGGUAGUUGUGACCCGAAAACUGGACAUUGUGUCAAGUGUCUGCACAAUACCGACGGAAUCGAGUGUGAGAACUGUAAGGAAGGGUUCUUCGGAGAUGCCAAGACCAGAAGCUGCCAUCAGUAAGUCAUUUUAUAUUUAAACAUAUUCAAGGUGUAUGACAUGCCUAACUGUUACAAAACCGAGAUAAACACAACAACGCUUUUCAGAUGUGUGUGCAACUCUCUUGGAACCAACACGACUGCUGGAGCUUGUGACAGAGUCACAGGACAAUGCCACUGCUACCCCGACGUCGUAGGUCAACAAUGUGAUCAGUGUGCCCCUCAACACUUCGACUUGGCCAGUGGAAAAGGUUGCCAAGCUUGUGAAUGUGAUCCUUUGGGAGUGAUCGAUGGUCCAGAUGGUCAGCCGCACUUGGAAUGCAACAAAAUUGAUGGUAAAUGCCAAUGUAAGGAAGGGCGAGGAGGUCGCACCUGUUCUGAAUGUCAAGAUUACUACUGGGGAAACCCAUUGUCCGGAGAAUGUAAACGUUGUGAGUGUGAUCCAACUGGAUCAGCGUCGUACCAAUGCCACCGUAACAAUGGUACCUGCAUCUGUAAGCCCGGAUCUGGCGGUCCAUUGUGUAACCAAUGUGCGCGUGGCUACACCGGAAACUGGCCUCACUGCCAAGCCUGUGGCGAAUGUUUCGACAACUGGGACAAGAUCUUGACUGGUCUCAGAGACGAGCUAGACCAACUUGUGGAGAGGGCCAACAACAUCGAAGACACCGGAGUCUCUUCCGAAUACGACGAGACCUUUGAGAAGAUGGAAGUCCAGAUCAAUGGCGUCAAGACUCAGUUAGAAGCCGUUAAUAUAUCCAAAGAAGACGUCGAAGGCCUCAGAAAGAAGAUCGACAGUCUUGAAGCCGAUGUCAGCGACGCCAGAAGCAGAGUGUUGGAAAAGAACGAAAAAGUACUCAAGAUCGCUUCCGAUGUUGACAUUGCUGAACAACAAGUAACCGCUUUGAAGGCUAAGGCCGACGAUCUCACUAAAAUGGCCGAGGAUCUGAGCAAACAAGCAGAUGACAUACGUGGCUCAGACACUAAAGUAAGUGCAAACCGUGUUUUGUAAACUCUUCAAGAUAAGAUUGUUUGAUUAUCAUUGGUUUCACUUACGGUCUAACAUAAUAAAACAAUUUAGGGAGCAUAUGACAUCGUUCGAGAAUCUGCAGAAAAAGUCCGUCAGUCCCACGGAUCGAUUUCUGAAGCCAUUGCUAAGAUCACAUCGGCCGAAAGCGACCGAAACAAAGCUGCGGACAUGAUGGAAACCCACAAGAACGAGUUCCUACAACAAUACGACGAGAACAAAGCCGCUUUGGACGAGAUUCAGAAGCGCAUCGAGGAAAUCGAAGAAUCUCUGCCAACUUUGAACAAACAGGUUUGUGGUGGAGAAACUGCUGGUUGUGACGAGACUUGUGGCGGUCCAUCUUCCGAAUGUGGCAAGUGUGGUGGAAGUUCCUGUCUGGGAUCUGUGUCCAAAGCCAAACAGGCUGGAGAGUUCGCUCGUGAAGCUCGCGAGAAGUUAUUGGCCAAACAAAAGGAAGCUGAGGAGGUAAGAAAUAAUAGAUUAGCGUUUAUAAUACACUUAUAAAUAAUUCUUUAUAAGUAUAUUUGAAAUGCCAGAUUUUUAGGUGUCACGGAACGAAAACGUUCUUUCUCAAAGUUCUGGCUUUUUGUGACAACUCAAGUUUCUCUGAAAUUUCUUUUUUUUUUAAAUUUCCUGUAUUAUUUUUAAAGCUUGUGUUACAAGGAUUAUAAUUUUAAUUUUUUUCAGUUGUUGCAAAGGAUCCGCGACACUGUUCCUGAAACCAAUGCGGCUGAACGAUCGACAUCCGAAGCACUUAGAAACGUGGAACAAGCUGUUAAGCUAGCAAAUCACACAAAAGAUGCCUUGAACAAGCAACUCGACGAGAUUAAACAAUUUAUUGACUCAGAACGAACUGGACCGGAGCAACUCCAGAAUAUUGUCAAUGAGAUUCUCAGUGUAUCCAUUCCAUUCACUGAAGAACAGAUCAAGGAGAUGUCAGAUAAGAUCAAGGAAAAGGUCAGCUCAACCAAGAACACGGACGAGAUUCUGGCUGAAACUCAAGAUAAUAAAACUUUGGCCGAGAAUCUUCAGAAGCAGGCUGAUUCCGCGUCACAAAGGGCUGCCAAGAUUCACAACACGACUGUAGCCAUCAACAAAGCUUUGGAAGAUGCUAAUGCUGCUUACAACGAAGCUCAAUCAGUUCUUGACCAAACAGCUGAAUCAAAUGAUCAAAUCAGUGCUGAUCUCGAGAAAGCUGAAGGAGAUGUUGUUACUUUGGAAGAGAAAGCAAAGGAAGCUACUACUCUCAUUUCUGAGCUGCAGAACAAAACUGACAAGCUGAAGGCAGAGUACAUUAAGAUUACUUCCAACUCCAAAUCAGCUGGAGCUUCAGCUGAUAAGGCCUUGGAGAUUGCUCAGAAGGUUGAAGAGAAUCAAGCUCCAUUGAAGGCCAAGUAUGAUGAGGUGGACAAGUUGUUGAGCGAGAGAGUCAGUGGAAACGAGGAGAAGAAGGAGAGAGCCGAGAAGCUGCAUCGACGGACUACAGAGUUGCUGGUUAACAUCAAGAAACACAACUCGGAUGCGGAAGGUAAGGGCUUUAUUUUAUUUUUUUUUAUAUUAGGUUCAAAAGGGAAUAUAUACUGUUAACAGCAACUGAAUAUUAUUGUAAGCUGGAGUCGUUAACUGAAUCUUUUUAGCUUUGAAACGCACGGCUGAUUCUCUGGACGUGGAGCUGUCGAACUUCAGAAGCACUGUGGAAGUGCUGAGCAGACAAAUCGACGAGGUGGCAUCGGAAAUCGAGAAACGAGUGGAGUUCCACGCCACGUGCGAUGCUUGA